AUUCUUUUCAUUUCGCAUUCUCGUUCUCGUUCGUUCAUUCCUUGGCGAUUUUUUGUGAAUCCAAUCAAAGAAGAAGAUGGGGAAAAACAUCGUGCCUGUGAAAUCCGUUGUGUACGCUCUUUCUCCUUUCCAGCAGAAAAUCAUGAACGGAUUGUGGAAGGAUUUGCCAACCAAAAUUCAUCACAAGGUCUCCGAAAAUUGGAUCAGCGCUCUUCUCUUGGUUACCCCCGUCGUUGGCACCUACUCGUAUGCUAUGCACUUCGUGGAACAGGAGAAGCUGCACCACAGGUACUGAGCUCAUGUGGGGAUGGAUACAUUAGACCACAUUGGAUAAUCUUCAAGUUUCAUGCUCUUAACUUUUUUUCAUCUAGUCAAUAAUGUGACAUUUGUGAAAUUAGCUAUUGCCCUUUAAUUAUGAUAUUUUGAGCUUUAGCUGUUUCCACUAUGAUGAAUUUUAUUGAUAGCUUUCUUUGUUUUACUUAUCUUCAUGUUACAAAAUACAUAAGAUACUCUAUGUUUGUCAAUAAUCUUAUGAUGAGUGCCAAAAUAAGUUGAAAUGUCAA